GGUCUUGGUAAAUACAAAAUGCUUAGACAAGAAGUUUUGUGUUGCCAAGUAACAAAUCUUCAUGAUAGGCUAAAUGGUAAUAACCAAGUAAGCAAGUUAACAAAGAUAAGAAUGCAUCAAGGCUUUUUACUAGCUAGCCUAAGUGAAGAAAGGUGGGAGGAGUCAAGAAGUCCAAGUAUCAAGAAGAUUUGGGAAAACAACUUAGUAUGCAUGGUUCUACUUAAAGUACAAGAGCUAGAAGUAACUUUCAGCGCAACAGAUAAGCUGUAG